AUGCAGUCUAAAAGUUGUACUGCAUUAUAGUUCUCUAAAGCUAUUAAAGGGUCUAUAAUCACUGAGUUUUGUUGCCGUGGGUAUGAUCUCAUAAAGGAAGAAACCGAACACCACAGGACAGCGAACAGCCGCCAAGAGAAGAUCCGCCCCCUGCAUCCACCGCACUCCGCGACAAAAACAACCAGAUGCGCGGCGCGUUGUGUCUGCAGGUUUGAGGGUUUAAGACUGUUUUGGCAGAGAUCACUUACAUUUUGCGUAGUGUCUUCUUCGUCACACCGCAAAGUUAAAUGUAAGUAGAAUAAACGUGACUUGAGUCAAGGAGGAAAUGGAAAAUGUCUUUAAACUUUCGAAACUAAAUGGUUGACCUAACAUUUUCAUUUCGGAUGGGGGACAAUGGGAGUUUAUCGAGGGCACAGUGCUCUGUGCUCUUCUGGACUUUCCUUCAGGCGGACUCCGGAGACUGUCCACCAGAAUACCGCAAAGAGCUGCUGUCUCUGAGAGCCAAAGGCUUCAAAGGCACUGGAGCUUCACUGCCCGUCUUGCACUGUGGCGAUGUGGACUCUGAUGGAGAUCUGGAGACCGACGGUCACUUGUCCAGUAACCUCAGAAUCGCCUUUGAGGGCAUGGAAGCCUCUCUAGAUGAAAAUGGCCCUGCAGAGAACAUUCAGCAGGUUGCAGCAGAAAUACGUGAAAUAGCUGCAAACCUUGAACUUAAUGUUGUUGCUCAUGCCACUGGGAACCUCACCAGAAACCUACUGGGAUCCUCUAUCGAUCACUGGAAAGACCAUCUUCACCGGGAAGUCCAGCACAUACUAGCACAUGGAGUGGGGCUGGACAAUCUACAACAAGAGCGUGUGGUAGCAGCUCUCACUUUCACCCUGGUAAAGGGAGUGUGUCUACAGGCUCCUUGGCUGCUAAGGGGUUUAUUUCACACAACACUGCAGUACUUGUCUUCUACAGGAGGCAAGUGACAUUCUACAGAGGAAGGAACUGAAGUGUGGUUUAAAAAAGAACACUUGCUCAGCUUGAGCAGUCAUUAGUGAAUGUCAGUGAUUAGUGACAGGUUUGCCUGUAGUAUUAUUUUGACUGAACUGAUGAAGUGUGGUUUAAAAAAGAAAGCUCAGCCUGAGCAGUUAUUGGUGAAUAUCAGUCAUAUGAUUUUGAGUGACCAUAAACCUAAAAUACUUGAUUUUCAUUUUUUACUUGAAUGUUAUAUUUUGCAUUUGAUUUAAGUGUUAUUCUGAUAAACGUUUGUAAGUCUCAAACAAUGGUUUGUCUUCUAUUAAAUGUAAUUAUGUUAAAUUAGCUGACCGUAACAAGACAUUCUAAGAGUUUAUUUUUUUACUGAAGUGCUGCAAUGUACGGAAUACAAAGUAUGUUUUCAUCUUCUUUACACCCAUUCACUCUUCAAACACAACAUUGACAGGACAGAUGCAUUUUACACAAUGUUGUUCAAUUACAUUUAGUGUACUAUUGCAUAGUAACGUGUUUGUCUCUUGUAUAUGACAUGUUUUAAAUAACUUGCAUAUGAAUAAAGCCAUCUACUGUAGCAAUGUACAGUAUUAAAGGCAUGAAAAAACAGGAA